AACUACAAGUUCUCCUGCGCGAAGAUCUCCGAGGAAUCCAGGGAGCUCUUUAGCAAGGAGGGAGUGGUAGUUCUGCGCGAGGUCUUUGAUCCAGAGGUGAUCGAAGAGCUGGCGGCAGAGGUGAAGUGUCGCAUGAGGCCCAAGACAACGGCGGAGGACUGGGCGCUGUCUGCGCAGAACGUUUGGAUGGAUUCCGAGGUCUUUGCACAGUUGGUGCUGCACAAGGAUAGCCCUUUGGGAUGUCUGGCAGCACAGCUCAUUCCGAAUGCCAGCGCCAUCCGUUACGCACACGAGACUGUGACACUGCUCCAAGAGGGCCAAAAUGGCUCAACGGACUGGAGCACUGAUGCCAUACCCAGCAAUCUUCGUGACGAGGAUCCGGAGGAUGUGCCCCUGAUCCGCUUCUUUCUGCCGCUUGGGCCUCAGAACCUCAGCAACAUCACCGGCGGCUCUUUGAAAAUUAUACCACUAAGCGCCUACACCAAGCUCCGGAACUUCUUCCCUCCUUGCUUCGAGGGCCGCGCGGACGCGGAAAUGAAGGCCACGGGAGAACUGAAGGGAGAUUGCAUGGUGGCUCACCAACUCGCCUUCGCCCCACAGUUGGCCAUGGGUGACAUACUGCUCUACAGCCCACUCAUACCGCACGUCACGCAGCAAAUGCUGACCGGCUCCCGUCUGGCCUUGCAGGGGAGCCUCUAUGAGCCCAACCUUCUGGUGCCCUGGGUGCGGGACAUGCCACCGCCCAAGUACGUGGACCCUGUGCGCUUCAACAUCCAAGGCUCGAUGCGCUACGACAUCUUCUGUCUGGAACAGGCUGCCUGUUGGGAUCGCGAGGCGCAGCAGUGCCAUCACAACGUCAACUGGCAGAGCGCUGCUACCCAGGGCAUCAGUGAGGAGCCCACAGCAUGCUUUCCACAAGUGUAUCCUCACCCGGUGGAGAGCGAAGUAGCGACCCGGUUCUCCAAUGGUUUGUGGAACCCAAUGGGGCCCUCUGCGGUCAGAUCUCGCUGGAUCCUCUAUUCCUUUCCAGUGGUCAAGGCCUCCAUGGCGCCCAUGCAUGGUCUGCUGGACUGGUGGCAUAGGUUCCUGUGA